CAUGCGCGGUUGUGUUGCUAACUAGCUGAAUCACUUUGUAGCGGUUUCUGAGUUUCCCUGCGAUUUUUACUUGAUUUUGCAGCACAAUGGCGGCAAGAUAUGACAGAGCUAUUACUGUAUUUUCUCCCGACGGCCAUCUCUUUCAAGUGGAGUAUGCACAAGAAGCUGUAAAGAAGGGUUCCACAGCGGUGGGAAUCAGGGGGAAAGACAUUGUUGUCCUUGGUGUGGAAAAGAAAUCGGUUGCAAAGUUGCAGGAGGAAAGGACUGUCCGCAAGAUCUGUGCACUGGAUGAGCAUGUCUGCAUGGCAUUUGCAGGUCUUACAGCAGACGCCCGCAUUGUGAUAAACAGAGCUCGGGUUGAGUGCCAGAGUCACAGACUAACGGUGGAGGACCCAGUCACAGUGGAGUACAUCACGCGGUACAUAGCAACAUUGAAACAGCGCUAUACUCAAAGCAAUGGACGCAGGCCAUUCGGAAUCUCUGCGUUAAUUGUGGGCUUCGACUACGAUGGAACCCCCAGACUGUAUCAGACUGACCCAUCGGGGACCUACCAUGCUUGGAAGGCAAAUGCUAUUGGUCGUAGCGCAAAAACCGUGAGAGAGUUCUUGGAGAAGAAUUACACAGAGGAAGCCAUUGCCGGGGACAAUGAGGCUAUCAAGCUAGCUAUCAAAGCUUUGCUUGAGGUUGUCCAAUCAGGAGGAAAAAACAUUGAGCUUGCUGUCAUCAGACGGAAUCAGCCGCUGAAGAUUUUGGAAUCCAAGGAAAUUGAGACUCUGGUGGCUGAGAUCGAGAAGGAAAAAGAAGAAGAGGCCGAGAAGAAGAAGCAGAAAAAAUCCACUUGAAGCAGUUGGCAAAAUCUCCGCCUUGUUGCACUUGGAUGGCAGUAGUGUAUUUGGGUUCCACUGAUCAUAAUUUGAGAGAUGCUGAAUUGUUUGUACAAGUAUUUGAGUCAUGCUCUAUCAGCUGCAAAGAAUAGCAAGUUCUUAUACUUCAUACUGUUUAAGUUUGGGGAUACCCAGUCAUUAAGAGUGAAUGGGUAAGUGUGUCCAACCCCCCCCUCCCACCUUUUUUUUCUUUUUUUUUAGUGUGAACAGCUGCAGAUCUCAGUGAAUGAUUUGGACCUUUUACCAUACUUGCAAUAGUUUUCUUUUCUUUUUUAUCAUUCACCAAAUUGCUCUACUGUUGCUCAACCUCAUCUGUUGAAAUAAACUGUAUGACAUUCAUAACCACAGUAAAACAAAAUUCUCAAUAAAAGUGGAUUUGUUUGUA